AGACUUAUUAGUUAUGAAUGCUCAGCCUUAGCUUAGGUUUGUCCCACUAGCUCUUUUAACUUAAUUUAAUCUUUCUAUUAAUCUACAUUUUGUCUCGGGUCUUUUUACCAUUCUUUCAUUAUGUAUAACCCACUUUUCUGCUUCCUCCAAGUCUAGCUGGUUGGUUCCUGGCAUUUCCCUGGUGUCUCUUUUUCUUUCUCCUUUAUGACCUAAAUUCCUCCUCCUACUUACUUUCCCUGCCCAGAAGUCCCACUUAUACCUCCUCCCUCGCUAUUGCCUAGUCAGCUUUUUAUUAGACCAAUCAGGUGUCUUAGGCAAGUAAGGUAAAAGAGCAACACAUUUCUUACAUACUUAAACAAAUGCAACAUGUCUUUGCAUACUUAAACAAAUAUUCCACAACACACUAUCAAACAAAUUAACAUGUUAACAAGAGGGUCCAUAAGAUGGCUUAGCAGUAAAAGCCCUUGCCACCAACCUUGAUCACCCAAAUUUGAUCCCUGGGACUCACAUGGUAAAAUGAGAGAGCCAAUUCCCAAAAGUUGUCCACUCUCUUUUUUACAUGCACAUUUUGGUAUGAACACAUGUGUGUAUUUACAUAAAUAAACGAGUAUUUGUUUUAAAUGUUAAAGGAGUUGAUCUUGGAAGCAUAACUCACAGGACUGAAUGGUGAUAUUAGAAGGGUCUGGGGAGGCCAGGCCCUCCCAAUUGCAAGUAACUGGGGAGAGAAAACUGCCAAAAUCAAAUUCAUUGGAACUCUGAAAUAAAGCCAAACAGUUUUUCUCCUUUUUCCUUUGAGAAUUUCAUACAAUUUAGUUUGAACAUACUCACCCCUGCCAAGUCCUCCCAUUCCUACCCUCUCCACCCCACAUCUCUUCCCACCCAACUUUGAGAUCUCGUUUUUUAAUUCUUUACUAAUCAAGUCCAAUAUGUGUGGCCCAGAUGGUCAGGGGAGUGCAGCCUGACCUGGUGUGUGAACAACUUACCCAGGAGGCCCAUCCUUAAAGAAAACUGAUUCUUCCUCUGCCAGCAACUAUCAGAUGCCCGGUAGCUCCUCAGCUAGUAGUGGAAUUUCAUGUCUACCUUUCCGCCUCCGUGCUGGGAUUUUGUCUGGUUGGAGCUUGCACAGGUCUUCUGCAUGCAAUUGCUGUUAAGUCAUUUGUGUAUCUGCCCUUUAUGUCUGGAAGACAGUUUCCUUGGUGUUAUCCUCUAGCUCUCGUGGUCUUUCUUUCCCCCAAAGAUCUCUGAGCAUUGUGGGGAGGGAGAUAUAUAUCACUUAGGACUGAGUACUCCAGUUUCUUAUUUUUUCACAUGUUGAGCAGUGGAGUAGCUCUGUUAAGUGCCAUCUGCUGCAAUAAGCUUCUCUGAUGAGAGGUGAGAGGUGCACUGAUCUAUGGGUAUAGCAUGGCAUUAGGAGGAAUUUUUAUACUACGUCCAUUGAGGAGAAUGAUAGUAUUAGGUUCUUCCAUAGGACCUCUGACCUAUCCAGUCACAGAUUCUUGGCUACUUGCACAGUACUGGGCAUGGGUUACUUCUCAUGGAGUGGUCUUAGGUCCAGUCAGAAAGUGACUGACUACCCCCACAGUGUGCCGCUAUUGCAUCAGUGGGCACGUCUUGUCACACCCUUUGUUGUAGUUUGCAGGGUUCGCAUCUAAGUGAGAUUUGAGGAUUUCUUUCCAGCAACAUGCAUAGCAUCUUCUAGCACCAUGGAUGCUAGCCAAUAGGGAUGAAACUCCCAAGUAAGUACCAGCUUGAUUUCUCCAUGUUCUAUGACUUACUUUAAGAAUGGAAUCUUAUUUUCAAGUUCUGGAGGAUGGCCAAGUAUUAACACUAGUCUAUAAUGCUUGGAAGUCUAUGUCACCCCAUUGAGCAACAACAAAAAAGGUAGCUGCUGUUGAAUAGGUUCCUUCCAGAUUGAAAAAAAUUCCAUCAUUCAGGAAAGCUCCUUAAAAGAAGGUAAACAAAGAAAAUAGCUUCAAACGGUCCCUGAAACUGACCAGACUGACUAGGCCCCUCUUCCUCAGAGUAAACAAGAGUCACUUUCUGAAAAGAAGCUGCAAAGAAGACCCUUAGACCAGAUCAACUGCCUGGAAGAGACAGACCAACGAAGCUACCUGGAAGAGGUUUAGAUAGACUGAAGCACUUGCAAUGGACACUUUUCAACCUGUUGAGAUGCCUGCAGGCUGUACAGUGUGCUUCAGGUUCCCAGCUUUGUGAGCUCUCACCCAUGCUGGGAUGGGCUUUGGCAAGUCACUGUCUUUGAGUCAUUUUUGCUCUUAAUGUCUCAUAGACUCUUUCAUGAAACAGGAACCCCAAAGGACCAUCUCAUCUUUAGACGCACCAGGGGAGCAUUCUCCAGUGGCCAGUGCGUAGAGUACGGGUUUCUACAAAGUUCCAGGUAACUACACUGCACACAACUGCACAACCCCUAGGCCUGCUCCACCAUAUCAGGAUUUCAACGCCGAGAUGCAUGCACUGUUCCCUGGAGACGAUGGUUGAGAAAGGCGAGGUGCUUGCCAUAUGCUCUGAAGAAGAAGAGGACCGUGCUGGAGAUGCCAUCAAUCCUCCAUUACCCAAAAUGCGGUGCCUUGUGACCCUGAAGCCAGUAGAGGAUAAAGAGGGAGAACCCCAUCGUAAGGCCUCGGUCACUGCAAAGGGAGACGGUGCUACUGACAGCCUGAAGGCCCAGGACACUUUGGUGGAAGGUCAUUCGACAACAACCAAAGGCUCCCCGAAGUGGGUUCCUUCUGACAAAUCCACUUACUGCAGCCUUGCUGGGCUCCUUCCUGAAGGUGGCGAUGCCACAUUUACAGGAUUAAUAGUUAGCAGCGAGAUCCCUGCAAGUGCUCCCAGUGCUGCAGCCAGGCCUGACGGUGAAGGUGUGCCCGCUGGGAACCUAGUAAGCCGUGAGAAAUUUAACGCUGAAAUAAAACGUCAGCUAAUGAAGGAAAUUCGGCGAUAUGGACGGAAAUAUGGAAGGCUUUUUGAGCUGCUGGAUGAAGUGCAGGGACCCCUGGGAGUCCAGAUACAGUUUGUUGAGUUCGCCAUCAAGGAAGCAGCAAGGUUUAAAAGACACCACUUAAUUCAAUUCCUUGAGAAGAAACAUGAAGAAAUGUUGUUUCAGCUUCCUUUCCAACAAUGAUCCACUACUUGAGAUGUAAUCCAGUUACUACUGCGGUCCGCAAGAUAGAACAAAUAGUUUAGUAUGUUCCAGAAUAGAGUAGGAGGAUGCCGAAGUCUCCUAGCACGUGUUUGUUAAGAUAACUACAGUUAAGAAAACUAUUUUAAACUACAGUUAGUAAAAAAUGGGCUUUUGUCCUUUGUGUUUUGUUUAAAAGCAUAACCUCUGGUUUGUUGACUUUUUUUUUCUCUCGCCUCUGCUGAUUGAUGUUUUUGUCUCAUCAGGGAAAUAUCACAACAAGUCUCUAGUUUGCAGCAGGUCACCAAUGUCAUUUCUGGUAUUUAGAACUGUCUUUUUUUCCCAGCCAUUUUGUAUUCCCAUUGCCCAGAGAUAUCCACUCAAUAGGUCACGGUGCUUGGCUUUAUGGGCUGUCUCCAACCCUCUUUACUGAACAUCUGGGCGAGUGAGUGUCCUAUGUGAAUCUGACUGCUGCAAAUGUCUAAGAGUACUAAGAAGUACUAAUGUCUAGUCACAAAGUCUAAGAGUACUAAGAAGGACUCCAUACCUUGCACAAAGGCCACCCUAGCUCCUUGUAUAGUAGCAUCCAGUCUCAUUUGAAAAAAAUAUUCUCACUCUAUGACUUACAAUAACACAUGUAUUACUGUGAUAAAGAUAGAUUAAGUCUUUCAAAAAUGUUCAGAUGAGCACUUCUGUGUGAAGACUUCCUGUUC